UGCAUUUCACAUAACCAAAGUAAUUUAUCAAUUUCCACCCUUUUGUAAUGGCGUCUCGGAAGCGCUCAGGAUCCGGUUCAAAGCGACCAAAGGAAAAAGUGGUACACAUAUAUGAAUUACUCUGCCAUGGUGAAGAUUUGAAGCGACAAGGCACACAGUUUUGGGAAGAAUUUUUCCUUCUCCAACCUAAUAUGGAAGUGCUAGAAUCAGAAUUGAUAAAAUUGAAUUCGGAACAGUACGCGAUCGCUAAAAGUAACAUUGUCCAGCUAUUUGCCGAAUGCAUCAACAUGCUUUCAUCAAGCAAUGGAAAACGGAUGAUGAAUGCAUUACAAACAAUAUGCGUAUUCAUAUACGUUUUAUUCCGAAAGCAGUCGCGUGCCGUGAAUGGCAUACUUAGUGCAUGUGAUAAAAGUGCUUCAACAACUUGUGUUGGUUCGUUCGGUGCUUCACCUUCGUUUAUUAAUGUUUGCGAUAUAGAAGAAGAAAUGAGAACUUUAUUAAGUCGUUUGAAUGAUAUGCUCUGCGAUGAUGUUGUCGAUAGUCCUAAAGAUCCAUGCCUAAAAAUCCUUUUGAUCAUCGUCAGUGGAAUGGAUAAUGUGAAUGAUAAUCAUUUGAUAGAGUUCAUUGUAGGGCAGAGUUUAUUCGAAGCAUUCAAAAAAAUCCUUAGUGACUCAACUUUGCGAAAUCAACACGGACACGAUGUUGUUACAUUAUUAACGAUACUGGUAAACUAUCGCAAACACGAAAACAGCAAUCCUUAUAUUGUGGAACUUUCGCUUUUAGCUGAUGAACUGGCAUUAAACGGCUAUGGGCAAGUCAUUUCGUAUGUCCUGACAAUGUUCUGCAAGCAGCAUAUGCUAAACCUGACAGAACUUCCCUCUUCUUCAUCGUGGUUCUCGUCGCUCUCCAACAUAGUUGGAAACAUGUUUAUCUCCGAAGAGUUAUGUUGCAGAAGCCAACAAAUUAGAGCUAAUAAUGCUUUACUAUUAGCUCUGUAUGAAGCAAUUCAUUUAAAUAGGAACUUCAUAACUACCUUAGCCCACACUCAAGCUGAAUCGACACCCCCUUCACCGUGCAAUACUUUAAGUACAACUGAGACACCACCGGAUCUGUCGUCCGCAGCGAUCCUAGAUGCUUCUCAUUAUUCAACAAACUUGUUCGUAGCACUGUUUCAAUAUUGCUCGAUUGUAAUGCAAGACCACAAGAGUGAGCUCAGUGCUAUCAACUUAAAGCUUUGCCUACUCAUUCUUACUUGCAUUGCAGAAGAUCAAUACGCUAAUUCAAUGAUGCAUGACAUAAAUCUUACAUUUAAAGUCACUUUGCAUCGAGCCCAUAUGAGACAUCGAAAACUUGCUUCGGAAAAAAUUUGUAAGCCACAACCACUUGCUACUACACUACUCGAUCUGCUGGUAGAGUUCAUCGUCUCACAUCUACUGAAGAAAUUUCCAAUCGAGCUAUAUCUCCUAUGCAUUGGUAUCAUACACCGAAUAAUUGUUUAUCAAAAGCGGUGUCGUGUACGACUUGUAUACCACUGGAAAGAAUUGUGGACAGCAAUGAUAAGUUUGCUCAAAUUUCUUAUUUACCAGGAGCAAAACUUGAUCAAGCGGUGCAAUAUUUUUCAGCUUGCUUUACAGGUUAUCAACAUUCUUAAUCUUUUUAUUACGUACGGUGAUACGUUUCUCGCAACCACAAACAGCUAUGACGAACUUUAUUACGAGUUGAAUCGCGAAGAAAAAGUUUUUUGUGAGCUGCACGCUCUAGUAUUGAGAUACGCAUCUUUGCAAGAAUGUGAAUACAAGGAAGACAUAAUACGUUUGCUAAACGCGCUUUCGAAUAUAUUGGCUAUUAUUAAGCAUUUUCAAAUCAAAAUAAAAGAAUGGCUUGCUAGUCAAAGUUUAUCCACUCCAACAGAGCAACAAAUCUUAGAACAGAUUCAGAAGAACUAUGAUCUUACGUUAAAACUGCAAGAUAGCCUUGAUCACUACGAGCGCUAUAGCGAACGCCCGAAGCAUAUACUAUUUUUUGUUAAUUUAGUCAAGGAAGUGAUGAUAGACACUAGGAAAACGGUUCACUAUUUCGUGAAACAGGCGAAUAAAAAUAAUGCUUUCGAGGGCAGUUUAUCUGGGCACGAAGAGCGUGGAAUAGGUUCUACAACAGCGUCAUUAACAAGAACCGUUACAUGUGUGGAGAUUAAUUCCACUAGUUGAACGCAGUUGUUAUUUCAUAUGGAAAAAACUAAUGUUCUCAAAACAAAUUUUAAGCACUAAAAGAUAAUGAAAAUGUAAAUGUAAGUGAGCUUUAAAGGUAUUUAUUCCCUUAAUGCAUUAUUAUUCAUAUUUGUUCUUAUAUUGUCUGAAUUAAAUAAAGUUAC